AUGGAAGCAUUCAAGGAUGUCAAGCUGUGCAUUUUGGGUUGUGGUAACCUAGGGAUUCCCAUUCUGAAAUCACUGCUGGAAGACAACACCCUCCCCAUCACUCAAUUCAUCGCAUGUGUUCGAAGCGAAAAGUCUGAAGAAGCCCUAAAGACACGCUUCUCCAGUGCAGGAGACAAGCUCGUGGUUUCAAGGGGCGACAACAUUGCGGCCUUGCAAAAAUCGGAUGUUGUAGUGCUAGGAGUGGACCCCGCGGAUGUCGAAGAAGUUCUGUCCAAGCCGGGUACGAAAGAGGCUUUGAAAGACAAGCUUCUGAUCAGCGUAGCCGCCGGCUGGACUCGAGGCAAGCUAGAAGCUACGAUAUACGGAAGCGAAACGACAUCCGAGAACACAGAGGACCGGGCUUGGGUCGUUCGGACGCUCCCCAACAUUGCGGCUAUGGUCUCUCAGUCCCUUACUGCGAUCGAGAUCUCGGAGCCAUCAGUGCCAGCCAAGUACAUGGAGCUCACCGAAGCCAUCUUCAAUAAGAUUGGCAAGACGGUGAAGAUUGCGCCGAAGCUGAUGAACGCUACGACCGCCGUGGGAGGAUCUACGCCAGCCUUCUUUGCAGUCAUCGCAGAUGCUCUCAUCGAUGCUUCCGUUGCCGUCGGUGUUCCAAGGGAUCUUGCACAGACUAUGAUCUUCCAGUCCAUGCUGGGUAGCGCGACACUCAUGCAGAACGGUCUGCAACCAGGCAGCCUGAGAGAUCAAGGAACAUCACCGGAAGGGUGCACAAUCGGAGGCCUGAUGGUCUUGGAGGAAGGGGCUGUAAGAGGACACCUUGGAAAGGCUUUGAGAGAGGCUGUGACAGUCGCUCGUCUCAUGGGUAGCGAUCCUCACCCCAAUGAUACCAGGCAUUAG